CGAGGCCACGGCACGCGGACCUAACCGCAUCACAUCAGAGACUGGACCAAAUGAAGCAACUCGGGCUCGCGCUCCUCCUGACCGCGUUGCUAUGGCAAUGCGGGCACGCUCAACAGAGAGGACUAUUCCCGGCUGUGUUGAACCUGGCGACCAUGGCAGAAAUAUCCGCUAACGCUACCUGUGGGUCAUCGGGUCCAGAGAUGUUCUGUAAACUGGUAGAACAUGUACCGGGUCAGCCUGUGAGAAACCCACAGUGUCGAAUCUGCAACCAAAAGAGCACAAAACCAUUUGAGCGUCAUCCUGUCGAAUACGCCAUCGAUGGGACCAACCGCUGGUGGCAAAGCCCAUCUAUUAAGAAUGGAAUGGAGUACCACUAUGUGACCAUCACACUCGACUUAAAACAGGUUUUUCAGAUCGCUUAUGUGAUACUAAAGGCAGCCAACUCACCUCGUCCUGGUAACUGGGUCUUAGAGCGAUCAAUCGAUGGUGUGACCUUUGACCCCUGGCAGUACUACGCCAUUACAGAUACAGAGUGCCUGACACGCUUCAACAUUAAUCCACGCACAGGACCGCCAUCUUACACCAGAGAUGAUGAAGUGAUCUGCACAUCCUUCUAUUCAAAGAUUCACCCUCUGGAGAACGGAGAGAUCCACACCUCAUUGAUCAACGGUCGUCCCAGUGCGGAUGACCCCUCCCCAACCCUGCUGAACUUCACCUCGGCACGUUACAUCAGGUUGGUGCUCCAGCGAAUCAGGACACUGAAUGCUGACCUCAUGACUCUGACACUGCGUGACCCCAGAGAUAUCGAUCCCAUCGUGACGAGACGGUACUACUAUUCCAUUAAGGACAUCUCAGUGGGAGGAAUGUGCAUCUGUUACGGCCACGCCAAAGCCUGUCCUCUCAACAGGGAGACAAAGAAGUUCAGCUGUGAAUGUGAACACAACACAUGCGGGGAGAGCUGUGAUCAUUGUUGCCCUGGUUACCACCAGCAGCCCUGGAUGGCAGGAACCUUCCUCACUCGACACGUCUGUGAGAAGUGUAACUGCCAUGGGAAGGCAGAGGAGUGCUACUUUAAUCAGACUGUGGCAGACCUGUCCCUCAGCCUGGACACCCACGGCCAGUACCGAGGGGGGGGAGUCUGUAUCGGUUGCCGUGACAACACAGCCGGAAUCAACUGUCAGAGCUGUGCUCCUGGAUACUACAGACCCACGGGCGUGAGCGCAGAGGAGGAGAACCCCUGCAUGGUUUGUUCAUGUGACCCACAUGGUUCCAUCAGUCAGGCGUGCAUCGCAGAUCCAAGCCAGGCCUCAUCCGCCAUGCCAGCAGGGUCAUGCCGGUGUAAGGAGGGUUUUGGGGGUCUGCGAUGUGACAGGUGUGCUGUCGGUUAUAUGGGCUACCCGUCCUGUCAGCGCUGUAACUGCAGUGUGGAAGGAAGCACCAACGCUGACCCGUGUAUAACACCGUGUGUGUGCAAGGAAAAUGUGGAGGGAGAAAACUGCGACCGCUGCAAACUGGGGUUUUACAACCUCAAUGGCGACAAUCGGCGAGGGUGUGAAAAGUGUUCCUGUAUGGGCGUUUCCAGUCAGUGCUACGAAUCCACAUGGACCUAUCAGAACGAGAGUUCCCUGACAGGCUGGCAUCUGAUUGGAGACACAGGAGGGCGAGUGUGGUCCGUCCACAGACAGACUCCUCCAUAUCUGAGCGUCCGUCACUCAGAUGUCGUGAAUGAUCUGGGGUCAGCCUACUACUGGAACGCACCUGGAUUAUACCUGGGUAACAAGCUUUCAGCUUACGGAGGGAAUGUUGUCUACACUGUGUCUUACACCACAGAUCAACAAGAACAAAGGGCCAUUAGAGUCACAUCAGAGCCUGACCUGAUCAUAGAGGGGAGCGGGAUUAAGAUUAUUGACAGAAGAUAUGGCCAGCCGGUGUAUCCGUCCUCGCCAAGCACCAAUCAUAUUGCCCUCCUUCCAGAGAACUUUGUGGUUUCAGACACAGCACAGCCGAUAAACCGGAGAGAUUUCUUAUCUGUGUUGGCAAAUGUGACCAAAGUGACAGUCCGGGCCACGUACAGUACUGAUCCCAGUGCAGUGUACAGGCUCCACUUAUUUUCAAUGCAGGUAGCUAAUCCGUCUGCCAGAGGGGAGAGGACAGCAUCAGCUGUUGAAAUGUGUUCUUGUCCUCCUGGAUAUUCAGGGACUUCUUGUGAGACGUGUAUGCCUGGCUUUCGGAGAGUCAACGGGAUUCUCUACAACGGUGUAUGUGAAGCGUGUCAUUGUCAUGGACACAGUGCAGUCUGCCACGAGGACACAGGUCACUGUCAGGAUUGUUCCCACCACACCACUGGCCCCCACUGUGACACAUGCCUACCUGGUUACUAUGGUAACGCCACCCGGGGGUCACCGGCGGACUGUCAGCCCUGUGCCUGCCCCCUCAAUCUGCCUGGCAACAACUUCAGCCCGACUUGCCACUUGGGUGUAGAAGGGGAGCAGAUUUGUGACCAGUGCCCACCUGGAUAUUCAGGGCCCAGAUGCGACAGAUGCUCCACCGGAUACUACGGCCAGCCCACGGUGCCAGGGGGCUCCUGCCAGCCCUGUGAUUGCCAUGGAAACCUGGACCUCUCCAUACCUGACAGCUGUGAUCCAAUCACAGGCCAGUGUCUGCGCUGUCGCCAGGGCUAUGGCGGCGUGGCUUGCGACAGUUGCGCUGAGGGUUACUAUGGAGACGCAGUGACAGCCAGAAACUGCCAGCCCUGUCAGUGUCAUAUAAACGGAUCGGUUUCGGAAGUCUGCAAUAAGGAGACCGGCCAGUGCCCCUGCAGAGAAAACGUGGUUGGACGACAGUGUGAUGAGUGUACGCCCCAGACCCAUGGCAUUACCACCGGUGGAGUGUGUGAACCGUGUCACUGUAACUCAUUUGGUUCCAAGUCGUUUGACUGUGAUGAAACCGGUCAGUGUCGGUGUCAACCAGGAGUCACCGGACCCAAGUGUGAUCGCUGCGCAAGAGGAUUUUUCAACUUCCAGGAAGGCGGCUGCACACCCUGUCAGUGCAGUCAUGUGGGCGAUAACUGUGAUGCCAACACAGGACAGUGUAUCUGCCCUCCAAACACUAUUGGUGAGAGGUGUGACCGCUGCGCUCCCAACCACUGGGGCCAUGACAUCACAACAGGAUGCAAGGAGUGUGGCUGCAACGUGCUCGGCUCAGUGACCCAACAGUGCAACAUCAACACCGGCUGCUGCUUCUGUCGCGACUCCUUCAGAGGAGAGAAGUGCAACGAGUGUCAGAUCGGAUACAGAGACUUUCCCCAGUGUACCCAGUGUGAGUGCAACGUCGCAGGAUCGGACAGCCAGACUUGCGACUUGGAGAGAGGAGUGUGUGCCUGUGCAGAUCGGACAGGAAAAUGCAGCUGCAAGGAAAAUGUGGAGGGACACAACUGUGAGCACUGCAAACCAAGCACUUUUGGGUUGUCGGUUCGAAAUCCAUUGGGUUGCAGCAAGUGUUACUGUUAUGGACUGACAGAUUCUUGCUCAGAGGCACAAGGGCUCAUCAGGAUGUGGUUAACGCUGAGGCAAGAGCAGACGGUGCUCCCCCUGGUGGAUAAAUCAAGUGCUAUGGAGACGAGGAGAGGAGUGAGCUUUCAGCAUCCUGAGAUCCUCGCCCACGCAGAACUGGUCACCCCAACCCUCUCGGAGCCGUACUACUGGAAACUACCAGAACAGUUCAGAGGCUCCAUGAUCACAGCAUAUGGUGGUCAGCUGAAAUAUGCCGUGUACUACGAGGCCAGAGAUGAAACCGGACCAUCAUCAUAUGAGCCGCAGGUCAUCGUUAAAGGCGGGGCUAAUCACAACACGGUUAUGACUCGCCACAUCCCGGGGCUCCAGAUCGGUCAGCUCACCCGUCACGAGAUCGACAUGACAGAGCAUGAGUGGAAGUUUGCAGAUGGCAGGUCUAUGACUCGUGAGGACUUCAUGGACAUUUUGUUCUAUGUGGACUACAUCCUAAUUAAGGCAUCACAUGGCAACUUGAUGAGACACAGCCGUAUUUCAGAGAUCAGUCUAACAGUGGCAGAAGAAGGGACGCCGACCAAAGUGAGCGAAACAGCCCAUCAAAUAGAGAAGUGUGACUGUCCAGUUGGAUACUCUGGACUUUCCUGUGAGGAGUGUGCUGCAGGUUUUUACCGUCUUCGCAGCGGUUCUUUGGCAUCUGCUCCAGCGUCCAGAGUGCCCACUGCUGCCGGCAUGGGCAGCUGUGUUCAGUGCCAAUGCAGUGGGCACUCGUCCACCUGCGACCCCGAGACAUCCAUAUGCCAGAACUGUCAGGACAACACAGAGGGCGACCGGUGUGAACGCUGCGCUCCAGGGUUUUAUGGUGUGGUCCGAGGUUUCCAGGACGACUGUAAACCAUGUGCCUGUCCCCUGACCAACCCAGAGAACAAUUUCAGUCCAACCUGUGUUGCUGAGGGAUUCGACGACUACAGAUGUACAGCCUGUCCUGAAGGAUACGAAGGCAAAUACUGUGAGAGGUGCUCCACUGGUUAUCAUGGUAACCCGCGGAUGCCCGGGGGCCGCUGUGAGGAAUGUAAGUGUUCCCCCUGGGGGUCGUUGCCCGGACCAUGUGACCCAGUCACAGGUCAAUGCCGGUGCCGGUUCGGGGCAUCGGGGAAGUCGUGUGACCAGUGCAUGGACAGGCAUGUGUGUGGACCAGCUGGAAUCAUCUCCUGCGACGAUGAGUGUUCAGGUUUGCUGAUCAGCGAUAUGGAUCGUCUGUAUCGUAUUAUCACUGAGGUCACCUUAACAACACCCCUCCCACCGCCUUAUAAGAUCUUGUACCACUUCGAAAACAUGACAGAGGAGCUGAAGCACAUGCUGUCACCUCAGAAAGCUCCGGAGAGAUUACUGCAACUGGCCGACUCCAACCUGGGAUCACUGGUCGUUGAGAUGGACCAACUACACAGCAGGGCCACUAAGGUGUCUGCUGAUGGAGAGCAGGUUGAAGACGAUGCUGACAGGAUUCAUAAACGAGCCGAGGACCUGGAGCAGUUCAUCAGGGAUACACUACUGGGAGCUAAAGACCUCCAGUCGAAGGCUGUCGAGUUGAACCAGACUCUCUCGCGGAGAGAUGGGACUCCAGACAAAAGCCUGAAGGAGAUGAAGGAGGAGAUCCAGGCCAUGCUAGCCGAGAUGAGAAACCGGCAGCUGGGAGGGAAGAAGAGCAUUGCAGAGGAGGAGAUGGACCUCGCGGAGGAGUUGUACCAGAAAGUCAAAAGAAUGUUUGGUGACCCCCAUCAGGCCACAGAAGACCUAAAAGCAGAGAUUAAAGCAAAACUCUCAGACCAUGAGGGAAAACUCCAGGAGGCCCAGGACUUACUUUAUACUGCACAGGGGAAGACGAGGGAGGCGGGUGCUCUGGCUGAACAAAACCAAGCAAACCUCACAGCCCUGGAGAGGAAGCGCUCUGCAGUGAACACAGUGAGACAGCAAACCCAAGACGUCCUUGGAGAAGGAGAAAGUCUACUGGACGACGCAAACCAGCUUUCUGACAGCAUCAACAAGGGCCUAGAGGAACUGGAGGAAAUGGAGAAAGAGCUGGGUCCUCUUCAUGAUCAGCUAGAUGAUAAAGUCAGUCAUCUCACCAGCGGUUUGAGUGACGGCAGGCUGGCUAAUCAUGUUCGUGAUGCGGAGGAUCACGCCAUGCAGCUGAACGAAUCUGCCAGUAUCUUGGAUAGGAUUUUGGCUGAAGCUAAGAAUCUGUCCUUCAAUGCAACAGCUGCCUUCAAGGCCUAUAGUAACAUUAAAGCCAAUGUUGACGCAGCAGAGAAAGAAGCCAAGGCAGCUAAACAGAGGGCAGCCGAGGCACUUGGACUGGCCUUAGGUCCAGAGGUUCCAGUAAAAGAUGAAGCUGAAGCUGCUCUCCAGAAAAGUCACCAGCUGCUAAACCAAGCAAAACAGCUUCAAAAUGACGUCAAAGAGAACGCAGAUAAUGUGGCCGUGCUGAAGGGCAGAGUUAAAGCUGCAAGAGAGAAAUCCAAAGACCUGCUCAAAGCUGUCAACGGAACCAUGGCAACGCUCAACGCUAUCCCCAAUGACACAGCAGCCAAGUUAGCAGCUACAAAGGUGGUAGCAGCUGACGCUAACGCCACAGCCAUCGACGUGUUGGAGCGCCUCGGGGAUCUGAACCUUCAAAUCCGUGGUCUGCAGAAGAACUACAGCGAGCUCGAGGAUACUGUCAACGCAGCCAAUCAGAUGAUCCAGGACCCAGAGAAAAACACAAUCAUUCAUGCUGCAGGCGCUAAAGUCAAGGAUUUAGAGGAUGAAGCAGACAGACUGUUGGAGAAACUGCAACCGAUCAAAAAGCUUCAGGACAAUCUGAGACGAAACAUUUCGCAAAUCAAGGAGCUGAUCAACCAAGCCAGAAAACAGGCUAACUCAAUUAAAGUAUCAGUGUCAUCUGGCGGUGACUGUCUUCGUAGUUACCGCCCCGACAUCAGGAAGGGAAGGUACAACACCAUCAUCCUUCAUGUUAAAACCACCACACCUGACAACCUGCUCUUCUACCUGGGAUCAGCCAAAUAUGUUGAUUUCCUGGCCUUGGAGAUGCGAAGGGGGAAGGUGAAUUUCCUGUGGGAUGUGGGUUCAGGCGUGGGAAGGGUUGAAUAUCCUCAUCACACCAUACACGAUGGCAACUGGCAUAGAAUAGAGGCAUCUCGUAAUGGGUUGAAUGGCACCAUAUCCGUCUAUCCUCUGGAAGGCUCUAUGGCUGGUAUGAUGCCCACCCCAGCCAGUGCCAACUCGCCCACAGCAUACACUAUCUUGGACGUUGACCAGAACGCCUACCUGUUCGUAGGAGGAAUACUCGGCACUGUCAAGAAAGCUGAAGCUGUGAGAACAACGUCGUUCAUAGGUUGCAUGGGAGAGACCUUCUUGGACGGUAAACCCAUUGGACUGUGGAACUACAGAGAGAGGCAGGGAGACUGUAAAGGAUGUGUUGUCAGCCCCCAGAGGUCAGACGGUGAAGGUAUAGUCCAGCUGGAUGGUGAAGGGUACGCUGCAGUGGGACGACCCACCAGGUGGAACCCCAAUGUUUCUACCAUCACCUUCAAGUUCCGCACUUUCUCCUCUGAUGCCUUGCUCAUGUACCUGGCUACUGAUGAUAUGAAGGACUUCAUGUCUCUGGAACUGUCAGAGGGCAAGGUGAAGGUAAACUUUGACCUGGGAUCAGGCGUUGGCGGUGCUGUAUCGGCUAACCGGCACAACGAUGGACACUGGAAAUCCCUCACCAUGUCACGGAACAAAAAACAGGCUACUGUGACUGUAGUGGACAUUGACAGUGGCUCUGAGGAAAAAAUAAUGGCUGUAUCUCUGGGAUCAGCCACUGGUCUCAACCUCAAAGAAAACCAGAAGAUCUAUUUUGGAGGCCUACCGACUAUUGGAAACUAUAGCAUGACUGCCAGGCCUGAGGUCACUCUGAAGCGGUAUGCAGGCUGCCUCCGGGAGAUUGAAGUUUCCAGAACUCCAUAUAAUCUCCUCAGCAGCUCAGAUUAUACAGGAGUCACUAAAGGAUGUAAUGUAGAGAACCUGUACACUGUCAGUUUCUCAAAGCCUGGAUAUAUGGAGCUGAGAGGCCUGUCGCUGGCGGUCGAGACAGAGAUCAGCCUUUCAUUUAGCACUCUGGCUGACACCGGGACCAUCCUGCUGGCAGUAGGAGGGUCUACACCCAUCAGUCAGCAGGCCCGCAACACAAACUUCUUCAGCUCCAAGAGGAAACGCAGACAGUCAGGAGAGCCCUACCUCUCUGUGAUGCUCAACAAAGGCUCCCUGGAGGUUUUACUGUUUUCUGGCAGCCACAGUCCACGUCGUGUCGUCAGACGACCAGACCAAGGCGUCCUCAAUGACGGCAGAGAGCACUCACUGCGCAUAGAGAGGCUACCUGGCAGAUCUUUUGCAGUUCAGGUCGAUGAGGAACCCAAGAGAGAAGCAGGGCUUCCCAAUGAUCAGCCAAUGAGCUUGCAGCGUAUCUUCCUCGGUGGUAUUCCCGCAGAAGUAGAGCAGACGUCCAACAGAGUCAACGUGCCUUUCCAGGGAUGUAUAUGGAACCUGAUGUUCAACGCCAUUCUCUCAGAUUUCUCCCAGCCUGUGUCCUUUGAGAACGCUGAAAUCGGCCAAUGUCCCAACCUCGCCCCUGCACCACCUCCACUUCCUCCUCUUCUGCCGGAGGAGCCCGAGAAGGAAAAGGAGGAGCUAAAGCCUGACAGACCCCCACCGACCCCAGCUCCUGUUACUCCAGAGCCUGCUGUUGAAGCUACGCCCCCCGCUGUACCUGCUGCUGUCACACCUGCUGCUGCUGCCCCGCCCACUGAACCGAGCCCUGACACGGAUUCAUGUGCUUCAGCUGUGGCCCCGACGGCGCUGGAGCAGGCCUAUCAGUUUGGACUGACCCGAAACAGCCACAUGAGCUUCGCCUUCGAUGACACCAAAGUCAGAGAAAGGUUAAUAUUGGAGUUUGAGCUGAGGACUAAAGAAGAGUCCGGCCUUGUGCUCUACAUGGCUAGAAUCAACCAUGCUGACUUUGUUUCCAUACAGAUUAAGGAUGGACAGGUCUGUCUGGGUUACGAUCUUGGUCAUGGAAACACAUCUGGUUGUGUUCCCUUCUCCAUCAACGAUGGCAACUGGCACAGGAUCCGUGUGACUCGUAUCAAGCAGAGAGGUGUGCUCAUGGUUGAUGCCAAAUUCAGCAAACAGAUGAUCAGUCCAAAGAAGGCUGACCUGUUGGAUGUUGUGGGAAUGGUGUAUGUUGGUGGAUUACCACAAAACUACACGACAAAGAGGAUAGGACCGAUCCUUUACAGUCUCAAUGGAUGCAUCCGUAACUUUAAGAUGUCAGGAAGUCCAGUGAGCAAUAAGCCAGGCCCUUCAGGUCGUGUUGAAGUCGCUAUGGAGGACUUUAAAUUAGACAUGGGCGCCCCCACCUCCAGUAACAUGGUAGGACGCUGCUUCGUUGCGACUGAGGCGGGAACCUAUUUUGAAGGAACAGGCUUCUUGAAAGCAGUUCCCACCUACAGAGUGGGUCAAGAUGUGUCAAUUGCUUUCGAGUUCCGCACCAGUAGAACCAACGGGGUGCUUUUAGCCGUCAGUAACAAAGACAGCGAUGGACUGGGAAUAGAGAUCGUAGAAGGAAAGUUGCUCUUCCAUGUUGACAACGGAGCUGGACGAAUCACAGCGGAGCACUUGCCUGAAGGCGACGGCUUCUGCGACGGCCAGUGGCACUCUGUCACCGCCAAUAAGAUGCGCCACAGGAUUGAACUGGUGGUGGAUGGGAGGCAGAGCCAAGCAGAGAGUCCCAACGCCCGCUCCAACAUCUGUGACACCAACGACCCCAUCUACGUCGGAGGAUACCCCGCUGGCGUUCACCAGGCGGCUCUGUCCAUCAGCAGGUCCUUCAAAGGUUGUAUGAAAGACCUGAAAAUCACUAAAGCAUCCAAGACGUUGAAUGUGCAGUUCAACAAAGCCCUGGAGAUUAAAGGGGUCCAGCCUCUGUCCUGUCCUUCCCCCAUCGCUGCCUGAUCCAAACCACAGAGCCUCUCAGUUUGUCAUUUUACAUGAUCUCAAGUGUCUAAUAAGUUUACAUGUGGAUUUAGUCUCUUUUAAUCAUAUUUAUUGGUCCUAAAAGCUGCACUGACUUACCUUAUGAAAUGUAAUGUGCUUAGCAGAUCAGUGCCUGAAAAGAUUAGCCCCAUUUCCACUGAAAUCUGGGUUAAAAAAAAAAAAAAAAAAACUUCCCUCCACUCCAAAUUUUUCCUA